GUUGUUUAUACUUUAUAGUGAACGUUACAUGUUUUUAAAUGGUUUUCGAUUAAAACUUUUUAUAAUUGGUGUAAACUUAUCAAUAAAUAGCACAAAGUGCCUAAAACAUAAUAAAUACGGUAUACACCCUUUGUUAUAUAUUGGUUGUGUCAUAAAUGGUGUUUUAUAAGACAAUGCGGUGUAUUUACAGUGAAAGUGUGGUUAUGUCGAAACUAAUAAUAAAUUGUGUAUUGUUAUAAUUUAAAUUUGUACAAAUUAAUAUCGUUUUACAGUAAAUUGUGUCGUUGAUAUCUUAUAUAUUGUAAUAAUCGUUAAUUAAUAAUGGACACGUCUGUUGUGUUUAGUGAUUGAUGAAAAUGAAAAACGAGCGGUUUUCGAAGCAUUCCGCCGCCCGACGCCGCUGCGAGUGAACGUCGGAAGCAGAACGACUUACGUAACUAUCGAGUGAAUAGCGUGCGCGUAGUCGACAAGCGUGCCAUGCCCGGCGGCCCGCGCUCCCCCCUCGCAGGGCGAUGGAGACCCUCCUCGACAAGUUCAAGCGGGAGCAGGGAGGCCUGCGCCGCUCGCGCUCCGUGCGCGCCUCCCUGCGCCUGAUCGGCAACCGCUGGCGCUCCAAGGACGAGGAGCCCGACCUCAAGCGCGACCAGGUGCUGUUCCCCUUCGGCGACAAGGAGUACGGCGUGGCCUACGCGGGCGUCGACGGCACGUACCGCGCCAAGACCCCGGUCAUGGCCAAACGCAAGCAGGAGCCGCCCCGGGUGCGCAAGAAGAGCGGGGACGUCGACCUGAUGCUGAAGCCCCAGCGGCCCAAGAAAACGGAGAAGAAGUUUAGUGAUCUGUUCAAUAAGAAACAGAAGAGUGUUUCUGCGAAGGACCUUUUAGUGCCCGAAAAGAUUCCGCCGAAAGCGGCGGCAAUCCUGCACAUACACUCCCCGGAUAAGGGGAAGAAAAAGUUAAAAGUGUUGGGCAAAUCGGAGACUGCGCUGGUGCCCGAAGCGCGGCGGCGGACGCGCCGGGGCUCCGAUGGCGACAUGUGCGCGCAGGCACGGGGCUGCGUCAACCACGCCUUUGUGUAUAGCACUCCGCCCAAGGACAGGAAGCACCCCCUCUCACCUUCUGCCUUUAUAAAGCUCCAGUACGGCGCGCUGCUGGAGGGGUGCGGGGGCGAGUUGCCGUCGCUGAGCGCGUGCGCGCCGCACCCGCACCUCGACAAGCGCAAGAAGGAGCGACCUGCUGACAAGAUCGCCGCUGUUAAUAUACACCUGCAGGCUCUAUUCGCAGCGGUAGAACAUGGCUACCUCGACAAAGCUAGAAACAUCUUGGAGUCCACAGACGUCGAUGUCAAUAGCGUUAACACAGAUGGGUUGUCACCGCUCGACGUGGCGGUGUUGACGGGCAACCGGCCGCUCGCUAAGAUGCUCAUGGAGUUCGGCGCCAAGGAGGGCAACCAGUUCAAGAGCCCCGAGGCGUUGGGCGCGCACCUGCGGCGGCUGUGUCGCGAGGCGGAGGCGCGCCUGCACGACGCCACGCCCGACCGCACCGCGCACCUAGCUACACGAUCAUCAGCGAGCGGCCAGGCGGGGACGACAGGUUGCGCGGGAAGCGCGUCGGAGAAAGACAAGCAGGCGCAGCACUGGGACCGACGGCAUCGGACACUUAAGCGGCUGGUAUCCGGGUGGGGCAGCGCGCGGGUGGCGGGGUGCGGGGCGGGCCCGACGCUGGAGGUGGAGGGGGGGCACGCCGUCACCGUGCGCCUCGCCGACGUGCCCGCCGCACACAGUGCUGUCGUCACCAAGUAUCGAGUGGAGUGGUCGUCCCGCGCGGACUUCUCGAACGUGUGCGGCACCCGCGAGGUCCCGGCGUGUUCCCUCACGGGGAAGGGGGGGACUGGGGGCCGGGUAGUGGUGUCCGGGCUGACCCGGGGCCGCCGGUACUUCUUCCGCGUGUCCGCUGGCAACCUGAAGGGCUGGGGACCGAGCGCUGUGUCCGUGCCGCGGAGCGUCGUGCCGAGCAGUUGGCGCGACGUAUCGACCCGCCCCCCGCGCCCCUCCCCCUCCACCGCGGCGGAACGUCUGGACGCGCUCGCCGCAGCAGCAGCCACCGCUCGCUGCAGACCCACACCACCACCACCGGCACGACCACCACGGAAAACUGCUGCGACGAUACGACAGUUGUUUACUGCUAAUACUAAGUUCCAGAAGAAUUUGCGACGCGGUGUAUACCUGGCGUGCGUGCUGUACCACGAGGACAAGGUGCUGAUGACGGGCGAGGACUUCCUGCCCGUCGUGGAGGUGGACGAGACCUAUCCCGCCUGCAUCUAUACCGACUUCCACUGGCUCAUGAAGGUGUCGUGCGCGUGGGAGGAGGUGAAGGCGCUGCGUGGGGAGAUGGAGCGGCACUCGGGCCCGUCCGCGCACUUCCGCCUCAAGCUGCUGGCCGCCGCCGCGCAGCUGCAGUCUGCGCUCGCGCUGCACGACCUCGGGCAGGUGUACCCGUGGGCGCUGCGCGACGCGCACGGCACGCUGGUGCUGUCGCUGGUGGGGCGCGCGCGCGGGCCCAAGCUGCCGGCGCUGAACGCGCGCUGGGCGCCCGCCGCCCGCCUGCGGCGCCGCCCGCUCAGCGACGACGACUCGCUGGCGGAGCGCCUGCUGGCGUCCGUGCGCGCGCAGCUGGCCUUCAGCCGCGCGGCCGGCGCGGGGCUGGCGCGCGGCCUGUACGCCGGCUACCUCAAGCUGCAGUCGUCGGUGGACGCCGUGCGGCUCGUGGCGCCCGCCCACGCGCCCGCCGCGCCGCCGCACCAGCGCGUCAGGGACAACCCGCACGUCUCCGCAGAAGAAUGGGAGUACCUCAGAUCACAGUCCGGCAGAACGGAGGACAACCAAGCGAUAAGUAAUCUAUCGAUAAACAGCAACGAUAAGCCUUCAGAAUCUCAACAAAUAUUCCUAGAACAGAUAGCCACCGCGUGUCGCAAAUUACUUCGUGACAUGGACGUGUCGGCCGACAACGCGCUUGCACACCGGAUAUACGACCUUGAGGUCAUCGAGCUGAACAGUGACGUCACCUUCAUCAUGAUCUGCCCCCCGGCGGAGCAGGCCUGCUCUGUUCCCGGACAGAAGGAGAUGCUCCUCCAGCGGGGCGACCUCUUGAGUCUGCCGAUACAAGCCUUCGAAAUGAUCCACAUGCAGACCUACCAUCCGGACAUCCUGCACAAAUACUGCAAACUGAGCUGCAUCCUGGAACUCGACAUCGCAAUGGCCGCGCACUCACACAGAGAAGCCUUUUCGUGUACCGAACUACAGACUACGAAGGAGAAGCUUACGAAGCUCGAAGAGUUGCAGAACAGUCUGAACCUGGUGUGGAAGUCGGAGCGGUGGCUCAUGGACUUGAUCAGUUUCGCGCGGGACAAAGACAAAGCGGGCCCUAAUUCAGGAAUUUUGCUCAAAUAUAUACUCGAAAAGACGCCGUCCCAGAUUUGCUCAGACACGGGAAGUUGUGAUAAGGAUGUUAAUUUGAAGAUAGAUCUCCUACAGAUACCUUGCCGAGAUGGAAAAAUAACUAAAACGUCGCCGGGAAGGGGCUCGUGGCCGGGCCCGGCGGGGAAUGGUAACCACGCAAACUUGCACCCAGAAUUUAGUAAAUCGGAACAACAGCUCAGUAUAGCUCCCCGACAAGCUUCAGUAUCGACGCUCAACUUGAGUAGCUCUCAAUACCUCACCGACAGCAAAUUCGCGCGGAAAGGUAGCGCCGACUCACAAUACACGCAAUCUAGUGCAAUGAGCAACAACUUUAUGAGCAGUAACUCACAGUUCGACGUGAAAUCCACUGGAACCCACACGAGUAAUAACAGCAACCGUUUACCGCCGUCUCGAAGCGAGGACACUUUGGUUCUGCAGAACGAGAACAUAGAACCGAAACCGCGGCCACACAGCAUUAACACGACCAUGUCGACAACUUCGAGUCCUCUACUAACUGUGAAACACAAUAUGUAUUCAGGCAGUAUGAUUAGUGUUAGAACGGGAAAUGAAUCAGCGCAAAGUUUAUCUUCUGAUUCAGAAAGCCAGAGCUGUCCCAAACUACGCCCACCGAAUUACAGAACCGUAAUGCCGUCUAAAAGCAUGACUAAUGUGAAAUCACCCGAAAUAGACUUCACAGAUACUGGGCAAGAGGUAAAGAGUCAUAGUGUGAAGCGUCAGCCAUUAUUGGAGACACAGGAAGAAGAUUUGAACAAGAAGGUGCCGAAGACUGAGGAGAAGCAAGACUCGGAGGAGCGGACCGACCCCACCUCGGAGAGACGGAUCGUCGACCAGCCGGGAAUAUUGCAAGUAUUCGCAGCAUACGAGACAGGUCUAGCGGCGGGCACAUCUCUCAAGCUCCACGUGACUCCACGAACAACCGCACGUGAGGUCAUCGACCUGGUCGUGAAACAACUCAACAUGGCCGCCGUGCUCAAGGGCAAACCCGGCCCUGUGUACCCGCCAGAGAGAUUGCAGGAUUUCUGCCUUGUAGCGGUUAUUGGAGCAAGGGAAAGGUGUCUCAGGGAUGACUUCAGACCCCUACAGUUGCAGAACCCUUGGCGUCGAGGUCGCCUGUACGUGCGGCUGAAGCAUGACGUGCUCGCCGCGAUACAGCACUCCGCCAAACAGCCCGCCUACAUAUAGAUCUGUUUCUCCCUAUAUAAUAUGCGAUCCAACUGAGAAUAUAAAGUUAACAUUUUAUAAAUAGGAUUUAUUUAGAUAUCCUUUUUGCAUAU